AGCGCCGGCAGCGGGCUCGGCCUCGCGCCAGCGCGCGCCGCGCCGCCGCGCCUGCGGCGUUCUUCGCGGUCGUCGCCCGCGCCAUGGGGGCGGCCGUGGCCACGUGGGCGUGGACGUGCGACGCGGUGGGCGCCCUGGUUCCAGUCGGCAAGCGCCCGUCCACGGCAGGCGUGGCCUGCGCCAUCCUCGGCGGCCUCGGCGCCACCACGCUGGUGCUCGCGGCGCGGGCCGCCAGGAGGCCCACCGAGAACCCGCAGAAGGGCAGACGCCGUCGGCAUGUGCAGGCGUCGGGGUCCCGAGGCGGCCCCGCAGCCAGCGGAGGCGAGUCGGCCGAGGUGGACCCGCGCUGCGAGGCGGACGGCUGGUCGCAGCCGCAGCCAGGUCCGGACCAGUUGUUUUUCGACAUCCUGGAGGCUUUGGCGGACGUCAAGGCGUGAGGCGGUGCUGCCGGUGUUGCCUCAGUUCGGGACGCGCCCUCCAUCAUACAUCACAUCCGUCUUCUCCUGUGUGCGUCCCCCCCCCUCCCCGCCUCCCCCCAUCCUCCUCAUCCGCCCUCUGUGAAAUCUGCCCCGCCCGAGCCCACAGUUGUGUCACCCGCGCUGCAGCGGCGGCGCGUAGGAAUUAGAGUUGGGCCCCGCGGGCGGGCGUGGCAUCGCAUAGUGCACAAUGGCCAUCCUGCCAUCCUGCCCCGCCUUUUCCCGAUGAAGAAUUUGGAAAUGCUUUCUGCGGUCCACGGGCCAGGCCGCGAGGCUCUCGCAUUCCGUAGCUGCGCACGCGUGGUCAGACGGCUGCGCGGGCUCACCUCGAGGCCGAGCUUGCUACGCAUAGCCACCAGCGUGGAGACGAAAGAAGUCUGCCCUCGUACUCUCACCCAGUUCCGAGCCGCGGACUUGUUCCAAUAUUUCACGGUUCCGCAUCACCGUUCCGCCGGAAAAAUUGCACGUGUUCAGCGCUGCAGUUCCCGAUCGUGCGGCUCGCCUUGUC